AUGCGCCCAGGCGCAGAUGUGCUUGGGAGACGACCCCGAAAGGACCUCGAUGCAGCGGGCCUCACCUCCACUGCAGGCCUCGCUCACAACGCGCCUACCUCUUUCCGUAUGGUAAGUGAGGAUGAGCUAGAAAGCUCGUCUGCGAAAGCGUCUGGGCCCGGCAGUGACAGCACAUUCGGUGUACGAAGCUUGCAAGAGACAAUCUCCGAGGCCUCUCCGCCUAUAAAGACAGAGGACGACGACGAGGAAGAUGACGAGGAUGUGGGGAAUGGUCACGAGGGGAGACGACGGUCUACACUGAGACCCAGGCCAAAGACUCGGGACAGCUCUCGCGGAAGCGUUGAGCAAGCUCCUGUCAAUACCGGGAAUUCAUCACCGUACAAUCCGAGUCAGGCAGAUCACUUGGCCCCUAGCAUGUCCCAAUCAUUUGCAUCACUCUCAUCUCAAGCUCCUUUGUCAUCGAUGCCGAGCAGCCCUAAGUCUUUUUCGAACCGUUCUUUCAGGCCUUCGGAUGAGGAUUCCAUGGACGAGGGCGGUAGUCAAGCCAUAGCCUCGAGCGAGGAUGAUGAUGUUGAGCCUCAACAUCAAUCCUCCAUGCAAGACAGUGCCCCUCAGCUCAUCAUGCCAAGCAUCAAGAUGCCCAGCCGAAGGCCAUUCACUGAGCGGGGAAAAAGUCUCGGCAGGCUGAAGGUGCUGAUCGCUGGAGACUCAGGAGUCGGAAAGACGUCUCUCAUCAAGUCAAUUGUGCAGACCUGCGAAGACAUCGUGCACGUAGAUCCCUUAUCACCAAAUAUUCCUUCCAUCGACCCGCUUUCAUCUCGAAAAUCCAAGAGCAAGCCAAGCAGCGCCAACAUCAGGUCUACAAAUAAGAUCACAGAGGUAUACGCAAGCACCAAGCCUUACCCAACAUGGUGGUCAGAUAUCGAAGAAACCAAAGUCCUCCGCCGUCGAAAAAGUGUGGGCGAUACUGUGCUUGAACGGAAUCUUUGCUUCGUUGAUACGCCAGGCUACAGUCACGGAAUGUCGAGGAUGGAGAGCAUUGAGUCCGUCUUAAAGUACGUGGAGGCGCAAUUCAACAAGCCUUUUGCAGACACUGUUGGAAGUCAAGGCGAUUUCGUAAGCCUGUUGAGCGGAAGCGGUGGUGUAAUGGUCGAUGUGGUUUUUUACAUGAUAGCACAAGAUCUCAAAGACGAGGACAUUAUCUUCCUCCAACGUCUAGCAGCACUUACCAAUAUUGUUCCUCUAAUCGCAAAGUCAGACACACUAUCCCCAGAAGAGACUGAGGUCCUAAGACGCUCUAUCUUUGAAAAGCUGCAGCAUGCGGAUAUCAGGCCUUUUGCUUUUGAUGGUGAAGCUGCUAUUGCAUCACAUCCAUACACAGUGUGCGCGGCGCCUUCAGAUGACAACGAUAACAUGGAUGCCAGCAUGUUAAUGUCACCUCAAUACGUUCGACCGCUCAUCCCAUCCGAGCUAGCCAAUUUGGUACAGCAAGUCUUCGACCAAGACAACAUUGCAUGUAUGAGGCACCUAGCGGCAAGAAAGCUUGUCCGCGCACAAGGCUCGAAGGCUCUCACUAAACCAAGUCUUUUUCCACGCCCUACUCCAAAUCCUGCGCACAGUCGUCCUCUGGCAUCCGUAACAUCUACAACCUAUUCUCCCACUACAUCGCAGGCGAUAGUCUCAUAUUCUAAUGGAAUGUCACCAUAUGCUCAAUCUAGGAUAGCGGACCAUACUCAACAAGAAGAGAAAUUAGCGCAAAUCAGACUGGCCAGGUGGGCGGGUGAACUUCAAAGGAGUCUUCAAAACGAGCGAGCUAGAUACGAGGCCAUUUCUCGUGGCGAGAGAGCGGUCUGGCUCACAGAGAAGAUUGGCGAGUGCAUCGACGACGGGUCUCUUGUACCAACACAAGACUCAUCCUUGGCCGCACGAACAGAGAAGGGGUUGGAAGCAACGAAGCUGGAACUCCCAAGGCUUUCAGGCCAUCGUGGCUUGCUAGAUCCCGGAGAUCCACUUGGGCUACUGAGAUGGAAUGAAGUCAUGAAACGAAAGGGUUGGAUUGCAUUCCAAGUCGUUGGAUCCGUUGGGAUCUUGGGCGCUAUGGCGGUCUGGGUUUGGAGGACAUGGGGCUCUGGCGAUAAUGGGUACUCAGCGACAUUGAAUCGGGGGUGGCUGGCAGGAAGAGCAUAG